AUGGAACUCAAUUAUUCAACUUUCGAUGAAACAAGUUCUACCAUUGUUCCAGGUCUACCAAACACAACCAACAAUGCAGUCAACACUUUCUUCAUCGUGCUCAAUUUCAUCGUGGGUAUCAUCGGCUUGGCGGGAAACAUGAUCGUCUGCACGACCGUGCUCAGGUCGAAAUUCCUCCACGACAUCACCCACUAUCUCAUCGCAAGCCUGGCCAUGUCAGAUUUCCUCUGCUGUCUGUUCUUCACCAUUACCACCAUGUUCGUGGCGGAAGGCCACCCCUUCCCGGUCAACAUCAGCAGCGGCUUCGUGGGUGAGUUUUACUGCCGGCUGUUUUGGAAUCUCCACCUCUUCUGGUCGGCGUUUUUCGCUUCGGCGUUCAACCUAGUCGUGGUGACGUUCGAACGAUACUUGGCCAUCGUGCACCCGUUUGUCUACGCCAGGGCCUUCACGGUUCGCCGGGGGCUGAUGCUCGCUGCGUCAGCAUGGACGCUCGCCUUCAUUCUCGAACUGGAGUUUCCGAUACGGUCUCACUACAAUGCUGAGAUUAACGACUGCGAUUUUCGGGGCCUGGGAGCUCCUUGGUUCGCGAAGAUGAUGUUCAUCAAAUCUUUCACUGUCAGCUUCGUCUUACCACUGAUCUUCCUGCUGUGGGCUUACUACAAAAUCAUCAAAACGUUACGGGCUGGAGCAACGCACCAGGACCGCCAGGGGACAGGGCAGCAGGCAGCAGAGCUGCAUAGGGCAAGCCGUAAAGUAGUCCAAAGCCUCCUUAUCAUCACCACUCUCUUCAUCAUCCUGCUGCUCCCGUCUGAGAUGGGGAAUGUCUUACUUCUCUUUGAUGUCUCUAUUGACUUCACAGGCUCUCAGAUCGGUAACAUCUUCAGGACAACCACGGUUCUGAACUCGGUGGUGAACCCCAUGAUUUACGCCGUCAAGUAUAGGAAAUUCCGGAGGGCUAUGAAAGCUACGAUGUGUCCGUGUGUUAAGAACAUUGUUGGGGUGGAGGACACAACCAGCACGGCCGAUACGGGCUGA